AUGGCUGCUUUUCCUCAAUUCUAUUCAAACUACACAAUAUUCCCCAGUGAUUACCCAGAGUUUCCAACCCAAGCUGCAGCCAUUAAUGGAAACGUUAAUAAUUUCUCGGUUAUAGAGAAUAGAAUGUGCGGUCACCACGAUAGCUUCAGCAAUAUUCCCAAUGGUGCAGCGCUCGAUCAUGCUUCUUCAGUAUUGGACUGUGAUACUAUGGCUUCGUCUUGGCUUCCAACGUUUUCUGAUCAGCUAGGGUGCUUAUCGGACUUGGCCACCAUUCCGGUGAUUUAUGGCGGCGCUGAUGGCGGUUUUCAGAGCCUGAACGGUGGCGGAUACAAACCCUCUCACCAUCUGGGUGAUUUUGGGGAAGAAUGUUGCGGGUUUGUGGAGGAUAUUAUGAAGCCACCUUCCUAUCCAAAUUCUGCAGCAGAAAAGUGGGGAUCAUAUCAAGGAAAUCAGAUAGCAGCAGUCGAGGAACCAAACAUAAAGGUAGGACGAUACUCAGAAGAAGAAAGGAAGGAGAGAAUUCUCCGAUAUUUGAAGAAGAGGAACCAAAGAAACUUUAACAAAACCAUCAAGUAUGCUUGUCGGAAAACUCUAGCUGAUCGGAGAGUCAGGGUUAGAGGAAGGUUUGCUAGAAACAACGACCUCUGUGAAGAUGAAAUCACCAUGAAGAAGAACGAGAGUAUUGCUCACAAGCAGGACCUUUACGGUGGCGAUGAUUCCGUCCAAUUUCAGUUAAAGAACAAUGAUGAGGAGGACGAUUGGUUGCAAGAGGCAAUGGCAAGCUUGGUGUGUCUAUCUCAUUCUUCGUCUGAAGAUAUGUAGAGCGUCGACGAAGGUGGAUCGAGUAAAAGCUGAUGAUAAACUAUAGUGGGCUGCUAUCUCUCUCUCUCUCUCCCCCUCUUCUCUCUCUCUCUGUUUUUUUUUUUCGCCAAAUGAUAGUGUGAAGUAGGGUUUGAAUAUGUAGGAAGAUGAUGGAGGCUAAGAGAGUUCACUAAUUAGUCAAUAGUGUUUAAUUUUGACAAUUAAGCACGUAGAUGUAACUUUUAAUUGCAUGGCGGUGCAACCAACUGCUGUCC